AUGAGUGAGCAAGAAGAUUUGGAUUAUCGUCACAGUUUGGGGAUUCGUGUGUCGGGUUUCGAUGUUCCUAGACCUGUGAAGACCUUUGAAGAUUGUGGCUUUUCCUCACAGAUCAUGAGUGCUAUCAAAAAGCAAGCUUAUGAGAAGCCAACAACUAUCCAGUGUCAAGCUUUACCCGUUGUGUUAUCCGGUAGAGAUGUUAUUGGUAUAGCCAAAACUGGUUCUGGGAAGACUGCAGCUUUUGUUCUUCCCAUGAUUGUUCAUAUUAUGGAUCAGCCUGAGCUUCGGAGAGAAGAAGGUCCUAUUGGUGUCAUAUGUGCUCCAACCAGAGAACUCGCUCAUCAGAUUUACUUGGAAGCUAAGAAAUUCUCUAAAGCGUAUGGGUUGCGAGUCUCUGCUGUGUAUGGUGGAAUGGGGAAUCAUGAACAGUUUAGAGAACUCAAGGCGGGAUGUGAGAUUGUUGUUGCUACUCCUGGGAGGUUGAUAGAUAUGCUGAAAAUGAAGGCUUUGACAAUGAUGAGAGCCUCUUAUUUGGUUCUUGACGAGGCUCAUCGGAUGUUUGACCUUGGUUUUGAGCCACAAGUGAGGUCUAUCGUUGGUCAGAUUCGUCCAGAUCGCCAGACGUUACUCUUCUCGGCUACUAUGCCUUGGAAAGUUGAGAAGUUAGCUAGGGAGAUUCUUUCAGAUCCUAUUGGAGUCAUAGUUGGUGAAGCUGGGAUGGCUAAUGAAGAUAUCACUCAAGUUGUCAGUGUAAUACCAUCAGAUGCUGACAAGCUUCCUUGGCUACUUGAGAAGCUACUUGGAAUGACUGAUGAGGGAAAAGCUUGGGCGUUGGAGAUUGCUUCAACAAGAAGAAAGCAAAAGUAG